AUGUCCAAGAACUUUUCUGUCUCAUUCACAAUAACAAAAAUAGAUGACCCAGACAUAGAAAUAAAGGAAUCAAACAAUAGCAGUCAGACAAGACCUGAAUCCAAUGGGCAAUGGCAUGAAGCAGCACACCCUUCCCCUACAUAG